AUGGGGAUGUUAACAUUUGGUCGUUUCCUUAGCCGGCCUUACCCUCACUACCGGGACGGCCCAACCAUCUUCUCCUUCCAACAGCAGUUCUUGAUGGAGGAAUCCAGCGCGCGCGACCGCCGCAAGUCAGAUGCCGCCAUGGUCGUCGACUCGUUGGUCACCACCCCAUCCGUCGAUGAAAUCGAUACGCCGUUCCUCGACGACUAUGACCACGAUGACUUCUACUCCCCUCCUGCAUCACCCGGCAGACUGUCGCGCACCGGCUCCUUCUCGAAUAGCAGCUCCUAUCAAGAGGACUGGGAAACAUUCCCGCCACUCGAUAAGCUCACCAUUUUCGAUCUCCUCGAUAAUAUCCAACUGUCGCAACGCUUCGAGAAAUGGCAACACGCCAUUAGCAUGCAGCGGGAGAAGGUGCGCAAACAACGUGAGAAAUUACGGUCAACAGGCAUGGUCGCCAGAGAGCGGGUAGUCGGCGAGUGGAAGCGACGAGUCCCGACAGCCGACGAGCAGCUUGAGAAGUAUCGCCGCCGCAUGAAGGACGGAGUAGAGCGCCUGGGGAAACAGUGGAACAAGACGGCCACAGUGACCCUGCGCGAGAAAGUGUCCUUCAUCGCUGGUGUGCUCAACAUCUUCAUCAGUGGCUACCUGAUUGGAGCCUUUCCCGAGUACUUCUACAUUUGGUACACAGCCCAGCUGGCGUACUUUAUGCCCAUCCGGUAUUUCACCUACCACGCCAAGGGCUAUCACUACUUUCUGGCCGAUCUUUGCUACUUUGUCAACCUGCUCAACAUGCUCACCAUUUGGGUCUUUCCCGGCUCGAAACGACUAUUUAUCAGCACGUUCUGUUUGACCUUCGGCAAUAAUGCGGCUGCGAUUGCCAUGUGGCGCAACUCUUUGGUCUUUCAUAGUAUGGACAAAGUUGUCAGUCUCUUCAUUCACAUCAUGCCGCCUGUCACGCUGCAUUGUAUUGUUCACUUGACCCCCGUCGAGAUGCUCAAAGAGCGCUUUCCAGCUGUCUACGCCAUUAAGUUUAGCCAGCCAGGCGACCCAGAACACUACUCACUGGGAGCCAUGAUCAUCUGGGCCACCAUCCCGUACCUGGUCUGGCAGUUGAUGUACCACUUUAUGAUCAGUGUCCGUCGCGCCGACAAAAUCGCUGCCGGCCGUCCAACCAGCUUCACCUGGCUGCGCAAAUCGUACUCGAAGGCCUGGAUCGGAAAGUUUGUUCUAAGUCUUCCCGAGACCUUGCAGGAACCAGCUUUCAUGCUUAUCCAGUAUGUGUUUGCGCUUUCUACUAUGAUCCCGUCCCCCAUCUGGUUCUGGUCUCGAUGGGCGAGUGGUAUCUACUUGUCUGCCUUGUUUGUCUGGAGUAUCCAUAAUGGGGCAACCUACUACAUAGAUGUGUUCGGAAAGCGGUUCCAGAAGGAACUAGAGCAACUGAAGAAGGAUGUUGUGCGCUGGCAAAGUUCCCCCGACUUCGCAACCAGCCCGCUCAUCCUCCCGGAUAGCUAUGUCCCUGCCAGUGGUGCUCUGGGUGCACCGGCGCCACUGGAGAAACGGUCCAGCAUCGACCGAAUUCCACUGCUGGAUUCCACUGCCGCGCUGACAACUGCCGUGGAGGAAGCUCCUCGGGCCUCCGAUUCCACUGUUCGCGAACGAAACUAA